AUGUCGGAAAGCUGUUUGAACGCCGGGCGAGGAGGGAGGCGCGGGAGGGAGCGAGAUAGUAAAGCUCUGUCUCGGGUGUGCGCGCGGCGCGCGGCGCUCGCUCUACCCGGGCGCGCGAGGGAGGGGGCGCGCGGCCCCGAGGCGCGCGCCGGGCCCCGCGUGCUCGUGGGCGCGCGCAUGCAGCGCGGUGCGCCCGGCGGCCGCCUGGGGUCCGCGAGCGCAGCGCGGCUGCGGCGCCUCGCUGAGCUCCGCCUGGGCCCUGGCGGGGCGCGGAGGGAGCGGAGCGGGAGGGCGGGGGGAGGGGCUCCAGUCCGGGCCGCGGUGCGCCUGCACGUCACGGCUGCUCCGAGCCCAGCACGUCCCGGGAGCGGUGCUUUCUGCGCCUGGGAGCGCCGACCUGUCGCAGCUCUCAUUUCCGCACCGGGAUUCGGAGGGAUGGAUUGCCCGCCGCGGAGGGGGCAGGUCUCGGCCUCCGAACUGCUCGCGUUCCCGGGUGGAACAAUCCUAGUUUUUCUCAGCGAGGCUGCAAUUAACAUCUUACUUGCUCUGGCUGAUAGCGGCGACCGAGGUUGGGCGUUCCAUUCUCACUUCAGUGUGAGGAGUGAUUUGAGGGAGGUAAGAAUGGAUGUGAAGAAACAACUUAGGAGGCUACUGUGUAAGUGACCACACUGGUGUCAGUGGAGAUGGAGAGAA